AUGCCGGAAUCGACCGCUUUUCAGGCACUAACCCAACACUUGGCGAGAUCAAACUAUGUGUUUGUAUGCCCCUCACCAGAAACUCAAGGUAGAGUAGUGCAAAAAAGACGCUCAAAUGUCUCGACAGAAGAUGCACAAACUGCAUCGGAUUUCUUUGGAUGGAAUCUGUCAUGCACAAGAGGAACCCUGAAAUCCAUAAUACCUGAUGUAAUUUUCGAGCAACUAUGCAAAGCCUCGGUUAUUGUCGAAGACAGUAGAAAAACCUACCGCUCCACCAUCCGCGUGUCGAACUUCUACCUGCCAGACCCUCUAAGCCGCGACUCGGACACCACCCCACUCUACUACAUCCACUCUUCUUUCCCUGCCUCUUCAGACUCCGUAUUCUUCGGCCCGGACACGUAUCUUUUUAUCUCGUUCCUGCAAACCAUACCGCGGCAUUUUCUACAAGCGCCAAGUUCGGUCGUCGAUGUGUGCUGCGGAUCUGGCGCAGGGGCGAUCCACAUGGCACAAACGUACCCGCAGGCCAAAGUGCUAGGUCUGGAUCUGAAUCCCCAAGCAUUGAGCUUGGGUGGUGUCAACGCGCAAUUGGCAGGAGUCGAAGUCGCUUUUUCUGAGUCAAACCUGUAUGCUUCUUUGCCUGAGGAGAUGAAAGGAAGAGGCGUUGAUCUCAUCGUGAGUAAUCCGCCGUAUAUUGCUUCCAGCGUCGAUGGCAAGGAUUUGCCCAUUUAUGCAGACGGCGGUGCAGGGUUCGGUCUAGAUAUCUCGAUUCGUAUUGUAGAAGAAGGUAUCAAACUUUUGAGUUCGAACGGAGUCAUUGUCGUAUACACGGGUGUCGCGAUACCGACAGCCGAUCCUGGACACGAUGCUUUCCUGGAAAAGCUAAAGCAAGUAGAAGACGGGGAGCUUGCCGAGUACACAAUCUUGCAUCCGGAUAUGUGGCCCGAGGAGAUUGGAAAGGGCGCGUAUGCAGAUGUAUGCAGGAUACAGAUUGUGGGUGCUGUGCUGCGGAGGAAUGUGAAGAGUAUAGAGGAAACUAAAGCUGCGACUCGCAAGCAAUGGGCAGUAUAAUACAUCAGUAGUACGGUGGAAAAAAAAGCCGCUGACUUUCAGUCUCUGUAUAUACAAACUAAAAUAUCCCCUUA